AUGGCUCCCUUCUUCUUCUCCACACCCGUUGAUAUCGAUAUCGUUUUAGAAGACAGCGAUGAACGGCAAACAGUCGAUGUGAAGCUCGAUAAGGGCCGUCGCGAAAAGGCCCCGCUCUAUAUGGAUGGCGAAUCCAUCAAAGGCGCCGUGACAAUCCGACCGAAAGAUGGAAAGCGAUUAGAGCACACCGGCAUCAAGGUGCAAUUCAUCGGCUCGAUCGAGAUGUUUUUCGACCGCGGCAAUCACUACGAAUUUCUCUCUCUUGUUCAAGAGCUCGCCGCCCCCGGCGAAUUGCAGCACCCACAAACCUUCCCUUUCAACUUCAAGAACGUCGAGAAGCAGUAUGAAUCAUACAAUGGCAUUAACGUCAAGUUGCGAUAUUUUGUGCGGGUCACAGUCUCACGGCGCAUGGCUGAUGUCAUUCGGGAAAAGGAUCUCUGGGUAUAUUCGUAUCGCAUGCCUCCAGAGACUAACAGUCCAAUCAAGAUGGAUGUUGGAAUUGAAGACUGCUUGCAUAUCGAGUUUGAGUACUCGAAAUCACAAUACCACCUGAAAGAUGUCAUCGUCGGGCGAAUAUACUUCCUCUUAGUACGUCUCAAGAUCAAACACAUGGAGCUGUCCAUCAUUCGACGAGAAACAACGGGCGCGGCACCAAACCAAUACAACGAAAGUGAAACACUGGUGAGAUUUGAGAUUAUGGACGGGUCACCAUCACGAGGUGAAACUAUCCCUAUCAGACUAUUCCUUGGCGGCUUCGAUUUGACCCCGACCUUUCGCGACGUUAACAAGAAAUACUCGACCCGAUACUAUUUGAGCCUAGUCCUAAUCGACGAAGACGCCCGUCGUUAUUUCAAGCAAUCGGAAAUUGUUCUCUACCGCCAAGCCCCGGAAAUCGCCCCAACCCCAGAGGUUGCGCAGCAGCAGGUUCUUCAGAAGCAACAGCUCCAGAGGCAGCAGCAUGUCCUCGUUGGCCCGAAUAAAAACCCUCAGCACAUGAUUCAACCUCCAGCAGCUGCUAUUGCUGCACAGCAGCAAGCGCAAGCACAAGCACAAGCACAAGAACAGGCGCAGCCCCAACCGCAACCUGCUGGUCCCGCGUGA